UUGCAGCAUCCCCAAUAACACCGACUUUACUCUCUUCUAGAGCUGUGUCUAUCGAAACCCAAAGCCGAGACGAGCGGGUAGAGCGAUCCAACGCAAUGUCACUGUUCGAGGAUCUCGAGCCUUGGUAUUUCCUCAAUCGAUUCCGCGACCAUUUGCACGCCUUCUCCGUAUCGGCGUCGAUGUCGACGGCGAGCUGCGCUGGGGAGGCGGCUGACGAGUGCCAGGACGACGCGGCAGCGCUGACGCUGAAAUUGGUGGCGAUCGUGGCGAUCCUUGUGGCGGGGGUGGUGGGUGUGGCCAUCCCCCUGGCGGGCCGGAAGCGGCGGCUGCUGCGGACCGAUGGGGGCGUGUUUAUUUGCGCCAAGGCGUUCGCUGCCGGCGUCAUCCUCGCCACGGGGUUCGUGCACAUGCUCCACGACGCCCAGUCCGCGCUCACCAGCCCAUGCCUCCCGAUCUCGCCGUGGCGGCGCUUCCCCUUCCCGGGCUUCGUCGCUAUGGCGGCGGCGCUCGGCACGCUGGUGUUGGACUUCGCGGCCACCCAGUUCUACGAGCGGAAGCACCGGGAAGAGGCUGCGGGCGUGAAGGCUGCCGCAGCGGCAGCUGUGGCACCUACGUCGGCAGACGAAGAGGAGUUCGGAAUCACGGUCGUCGUCUCUGGCGCUCCGGACGCCGACGUGGGUAGCGAGAAAGAUCCGAUGCACAUCGUCGGAAUGCACGCUCAUGCGGCGGCGCACCGCCACAGCCACGCGCGUGACCAUGGCCACGGGCACGCGCAUGCACACGCCCACGAAGAGGGAGACCACGUGCGGCACGUGGUCGUUUCACAGAUUCUGGAGCUUGGAAUCGUCUCCCACUCUGUGAUCAUUGGCCUCUCGCUGGGUGUUUCCCGGAGUCCCUGCACCAUAAGGCCACUGGUAGCAGCCCUCUCCUUCCACCAGUUCUUCGAAGGCUUUGCUUUGGGCGGCUGCAUCUCCCAGGCGCAGUUCAACCACCUGGCUGCGGCUCUCAUGGCGUGCUUCUUCGCCAUCACGACGCCGGCGGGGAUCGCGGCGGGGGCCGGCGUCGCGUCGUCCUUCAACGCCAACAGCCCACGAGCGCUGGUGGUGGAGGGGCUGCUCGACUCGGUGUCGGCGGGCAUUCUGAUCUACAUGGCCUUGGUCGAUCUGAUAGCCGCCGACUUCCUCGGCCGGAGGAUGAGCAGCAGUGUGAAGCUUCAGGUGGCGUCCUACGCCGCCCUCUUCGUCGGCGCCGGAUCCAUGUCGAUCCUUGCGAUCUGGGCUUGAGACGAGACUAAGAGCUACUUGGAAGAUCACCACCACCACCACCGCAAUACCUUGCUUGGACUUCUCUAACAUCGAACACUUAGCUGGUCCAUCCAAAACGCAUUAGGAAUGUAUACCAAAGGAUGAUCGUUGCUUGCACCACCGCCGAUUGAUCCUGUAAAGAGUGUACGUGACUUCCUUUUUCUUGUUGGUAGUGACUCUAUUUUGUCUUAACUGCUGAAACUAGUGUUUGAUUUGACUUU